AUGGAAGGCCAUGGAGCAAGCUUGGGUUGCAUAGGAUCUUGUGGGGAGCAUGGCCCUGCAUCCGAUUUCCUUUCCGAAUCAAGGACAGGCAAGCAGACCACUGUGGCUAUCCUGGGUUUGAUCUAUCCUGCUCAGAGGGCAAUGAUACAGUGCUUGAGCUGCCAACUGGAGUGA